AUGGCAAACCAGAGCUUUGUGAACACAUUCAUCCUCAUAGGUUUUUCAGAUUACCCUUAUCUCCAGGCCCCCCUCUUUCUCAUAUUCUUGACCAUCUACACAAUCACUCUCAUUGGAAAUCUGGGGAUCAUUUUAGUCAUCAGGAUCAAUCCCAAGCUUCAUACGCCCAUGUACUUUUUCCUCACCCAACUUGCCCUUUUGGAUAUUUGUUAUUCCAGUGUGUUUACUCCCAAACUCCUAGAGAUCUUGGUCGUGGAAGACAGAACCAUCUCCUUCCAAGAAUGUAUGACACAAUUUUUCUUUAUUUGUACGUUCGUGAUUACAGAAAUGUUUAUGCUGGCAGUGAUGGCCUAUGACAGGUUCGUGGCCGUCUGUAACCCUCUGCUCUAAACAGUUGCCAUGUCCCGCAAGCUCUGUUCUCUCCUCAUAGCUGGGACUUACCUGUGGGGCAGCCUGUGCUCAGUCAUACUCACUUAUUCCCUGGGGCAGCUGUCCUACUGUGCACCCGCCAUCAUCAAUCACUUUGGCUGCGAGUACUCUGCAGUCCUCUCUGUGUCUUGUUCUGACUCAUCCUUCAGCCAGAUUGCCUGUUUCGUCAUUUCAAUACUUAGUGAGUCCUGCAGCCUCCUGAUCACCCUGGCCUCCUAUGUGGUCAUAGUGGUCACCAUCAUGAGGAUGCCCUCCAAGGGGGGGCUGAGGAAAGCCUUCUCCACCUGUGCCUCCCACCUGACCGCUAUCAGCAUCUUCCAUGGGAUCAUUCUCUUGCUCUACUGUGUGCCCAACGCCAACAGCUCAAUGCUCCUGGUGAAAGUGGCCACCGCCCUUUACACAGUCCUUAUCCCCAUGCUGAACCCCCUCAUCUACAGCCUGAGGAACAAAGAUGUGAAGGAGACAGUCAGGAGGCUCCUCCAGUCCAAAUUGCAUCCCCAAUUGUUGUAA